AUGGAGGGUGCCCUUACAGAGUAUUUUGCAUUUGCAGACACUGCAUAUGAGGAUCCUCUGAAAUGGACAGUGAUCAACACUUAUACGAAUGCCGAAAAAUUGUUAGCAGCAGCCGAAGAAUUAGCUCGAAGUGGCGAAUGUGAUGCCCAACAAGUCUGUUCUGUAGCCAGACAAUUAGAACAAAGAGUUACUGCAUUUGCCAACAGGGUAGAACAGAGGAGGAGACGAUUGGAUUUGGCUGUUCUGUUCUACACACACGAAAAAGAGUUAUCAACUUGGGUGGAUGAGCUUCGUGCAGAUUUGUGCAGUGAAGACGAUGGUCAGAUUCCAGGAGGUGACACGUGGGAAGGGGCCGAACGCCUGUUAGAGCAGUGCGCGCAGCAUCGGGCCGCGGCCCUUGAGGCUUGUUCCAACACAAUAGCACAGGGAGAGGCACUUUUGCAAGAGAUCAG